UAACCUGGAACCCGGACACGGAUCUCAAAAACCGCUCUAACGAUUUUCCUAGAAAUUUAAUAGUUGGUGUAUAUCCAUGAGAAAAUAAUUACUAGCUCGUUGGCCACAAAGGAAAACUCUAGUUAAUAUUUUUUUCAAAGCUGGUUUGCGAACUAAUUGUAGAUCUAGAUCCAACAUCGGUUUUGAAAAGACUAUCGCGUUCGGGAAUUUCCGAGUUUAAGGCAUUAUUGUUUCAAGAGAUUAAUAAAUAAAUGUUCAGGAAAAUUUUUCGCAUCGUCUUCUAAGUGUAGAUCUAAUGUACUAUCAUUGGACUAUUCUAAAGUGUAGUAGAUAUAGUUGGCCUUCUUCAGUCAAAGAACGACUAUGGUUCAUCUUGAACACUUUUUCAUGUGACUGUGGAGCCUUAUUUUGGAGAGACACUCCCGUCCACAAAUAUCGCAGAGACAACGUAAUCUCGUCUUGCCCUAAUGAUGACAGCGACACAGACCAGGAUGUCAAAUACUCUUGUGAAAAUCUAGUUGAGACAAGCAAUCGAGUGUUGAUUAGCCCUGCAGUAUAUACCAACAUAUUUUGUUCCAUUUGUGCUACAAUGAGAUUUCCUUACAUCAAUAAGUGCGGAAUCUCUGGAGGUAGCACAGGCUUAAAUUUCAGGUCACCAUUUGACUUCAUUCUUAGUUCUGACGAAGACAUUACAGAAGAAAGUCAAUCAUACGUCAGUCUAAGUCCAGUGUGUCAGUCGUUUGAAUGGUCAUCUCCCAAGGGAAAAUGCCUACCGCUAUUCUGUUCCGAAGGGAAACUACUCGGUAACACAAGUUGUAAAACAGCAAUAUCCCAGAUUACUGGACUUGAAUAUACAAUUCAUAUUCUUUUACUACCUAAAGACACUAUGGACUCGGAGGACAUGUCAGGAAAUAAAACAAUUUCCACAGAAGAACUAUUUUAUGGAGUAGAAGCUGAGGUUACAAUUGUGUUCAAAGAUUUGAUCGAAAGCGCCUGGUUAAAUAUUGGUCUUGUGAUGGAAACAAAAAGUAGAACCAAUCAAAUUAAAUUUCUCUGGAUUGACGGAACAAUAUUAUCCACCAAAAAUAUUUCACGGGAUGAGUUUGAAAUUGUUACACUUGAACGACUUUCAUCUUUCAAUAUAAAAAACUUCAGCAUUGUACUAAAUAUGAAGAACAUUUAUGGAUACGUUGAUGGUGAGACGUACUGUCACAAAAUGAAAUCUACAUUUAUAAAUCUGGAUUGCCAGAUAUAUCAGUUUUCUCUGGUGGCAUCAUCCUAUGUGGGAGUCUAUCAGUCGUCAAGGACUCACCUUGAGUUAAAUCGUAUCCUUACUUGUAGAUAUGUGAAAUUUGAUCCAUCAAAUUAUACUCUCCACAUUGAUGAAACAUUUGCUCCGCCCCUGGUUACUAUCGUUCUUGAUCUUGAAGUUAUACAACUAAAAUUUACGUCCCCUGAAGACUUCAACAUGUUAUUUAUAGACCAAGAAAGUCAAGGGAAGUUACUGGUGUGUAAAGAGUUACUGGACACUGUUAGAUUUAGACUGAGUGCGACAAGGACUACACCUAUACAUAUGGUUAUUGAUGAUGUAACUAGAGCUGCUCAGUAUUAUUUAUCCUGUGUCUGUUUUGGGAUCUCCAUACUGUGUUUAACUCUAACUAUCCUGACCUACUCUCUGUUCUCAUCACUGCGAACUCUGGCUGGACAAAAUAACAUGUGUUUAAGUGUGACGCUCUUGCUGGCCCAAACCCUAUCCAUCGUUAAUAGAGCAGUGUCAGCACCUAGCCCACUGUGUACAGCUCUAGGUCUUAUGUUUCAUUUCGCCUGGCUGUGGACUUUCACGUGGACAUUCAUUUGCAGUUUUCGCAUGUUCAGAGUGUUUACGGCCAAGAAUAGGACAGUGUCCAGCAACGGGGCAGUUAGUUUGUUGAAGCGAGUGUUCUUGUCCAUCAUCUUCCCUUCCAUCGUCGUGACCAGUGUGGUUAUUUCCAACUACUUUGUGUCCAGUGCUAGGACAAUAGGAUAUGGGCUUUACAGGUGUUAUUUGGAUACAACAUUUUUAAUAGGCUUGGCCAUGGUUGGACCUUCAUCCCUGAUUAUCUUCUGUAACAUAAUUUGCUUUACCCUAACCGUAGUACAAGUACGUAGAGUUGGUCAACUGGUUUCCAAGGACGCCUUGAGGAAGGAAGGUCAUGAGAAUAUUGACGUCUAUAUUAAACUUUCAAGCAUGACUGGAUCAUUUUGGCUUUUGGACAUAUUAGCUGUAGCCAUUAAUCAAGACUUUUUGAGGUUUGUGUCUAUCAUUUUAAAUGGCCUCCAAGGAUUGUUCAUCUUCUUGUCCUACACUGCCAAUAGCAAGGUUCUCAAAUUAUAUCGUGGCUUACGGAACAAAGGGGACAUCAUCGCCACGUCUGCCAAAACUCAGUCAGAGAGAACAAACCCAAGUAGUCGGCAAAUAAAAUGACUGCUUCUUGCCAAGAAUAACUAAAUGAAGACAUGACGAACUCGUGUAAUAUUUAAUGAGAUUCAUUUUUGUUUAUGACGACUACAUUUUUACAAUCCAAACAAGAUUACAAAAGGAAUCAACACAAAGCCAGUAUUGUUCAUUCUCGCGCUAUUGUACAUGAGGUAGCAAUGUACUCCUGAAUUUGAAUGUAACACUAUUAUAGUAAGAUGACACCCAGGUGACAUGACUUCGAUUAUGUAUUAUUAGAUAUUUUAAAUGUCUAGGUCAGAGGUGUAGUGAGAAAAACGUGCACCCUGGGCAAGGUACUUUAUUGGCGCCCCAAGCGUUUUUUUCAUGACCAUCACAAAGAAAUAAAGGCUUAUAAAUAGAAUGUAUUUAAUACUACAGUGAUGCAAAUAACCUUAGAAUCUAUUUAGCUAACUCAAAUAUCUACAGUACUUUCACUUCUACAAAACACUCGCGACUAUUUUACUUGCUCAAAAGAACUAGGAUACUCCGUGGUGUUUCUUUUUUCUUAAAUCGAUGUUUCUAAAAUUCAAUCAUGAAGCGGUAUCAAGAAUGUAUUGUAAUUAAUAUAAACCUGUAGGAAGUCUAUGAUUACACAAAAUCCUCCUCUACAUGGGUGUAAAAUAGAAUGUAAAACUCCUCAAGUUGGUAGGUGUAAUAUACUAAGUCAAUUCAUAACCUUAGAAACAAGGCUUUAUUUCAAUAAAACACGACUGAUACACACAAUAACACAGUACAGACUGGUCACGAUUCACAGACUACGAUAAUGCGAACACGAUUACAAAUACUAGCACGAUUACAAGCACGGGUAACACACAAGUUCAUUUAACGAUCACUCCAUUCACCCCUCCUUUAUUUCUUUCUGGGUCUUAGGUUAUAACCAUGCGUAUGAAGGGAAGGAUCCGGAGGUAUCUCUGGCGUAGACUUUUCUCCUUGCAAGUCGUAACUGUCCUGUACGGGACUCGAGUCAAUAUUGGCCUCUGGCAUUGGGUGGCUCCCCUGUGAGUCACUGAUGACUUCUGGCUGGUUGUACAUCAUUGGGGUGGGACUCUGUGAAUUACUGAUAGUUUCAGGCACGUAGCGACUCCCUGGUGAGAGAUCCAAAGAGUCACCGACCUCUUGAGGCAGAAUACCGUUCUCUGGUUCGAAAUAGUCGUUCGUGGAACUUUCCUUUGGCGCCAGGUGCCUAAGCGACACUGUCUCCUCCCGGCCGUUUGGAAAUCGUAUAUGGGCGUACUGUGGGUUGCAGCUAAUAAGUUCAACCUCUUGUACCAAUGGGUCAAAUUUUGAAGAUCUUACAGGGGAUUUUAGUAAUACUUUGCCUGGGUUCUGUAGCCAAGUAGGCAAGGAUGUUCCCGUUGGCGAUCUUCUGUUGAAUUUGAAGAUCCGUUCGUGUGGAGUUUCAUUAGUAGAAGUACACAGUAAUGAUCGAAUUGAGUGAAGUGCCUGGGGCAACACAGAUUCCCACUGUGAUAGUUCCAACUUCCCUGAGUCCAAUGCUAAUAAAAUAGCCUGCCACAAUGUUUUAUUCAACUUUUCAAUUUGCCCAUUUCCUUUGGCAUUAUAGGGCGUUGUCCUGCUAGUGGCUAUGCCCUUAGAAUGUAGAUAUUCUGUAGUUUCUGUGGACAUAAAUGAUGUGCCACGAUCAGAGUGGAUGUAACUGGGUGUUCCAAAGAGGAAAAAUAACUGGUCGAAGCACUUUAUUACUGUCUUAGAAGUCAUAUCAGGACAGGGAAAAGCGAAUGGAAACCGAGAAUAUUCGUCAAUCAUUGUUAACAAAUACUUGUUGCGAGUAGCUGAUGGCAAAGGACCUUUAAAGUCAACACUUAUUCUUUCAAACGGCUGUGUGGCCUUGAUGAGCGUACCUGCAAAUUCCUUAUAGAAUUGCGGUUUAAUUCUAUUGCAGGUUCUGCAUUGUUGAAUGGUCUGUCUGACCUCUUCAACCGAGAAGGGUAAGUUCUUUGACCUGACAUAAUGUAGAAGUCUAGUGACACCUGGAUGACACAGGUAGUCAUGGUACGUCUUCAGGCUACUUUGUUUCGUCAUGGUUGCACAGUGCCCUCUAGACAAGGUGUCUGCUGCUGUGUUGGCGUUCCCAGGUCUAUACUGUAUAUCAAACUUGAAGUUUGCCAGUUCCAAUUUCCACCUUUGUAUCUUAUCGUUUUUAAUUUUCUUGUCAUGAGUGUCUUUAAAUAUGUAUGAAAUAGACCGCUGGUCCGUAAUAAGCGUAAAAUGAUUGCCACACAAAUAAUGCUUCCAUUUGCGUAUGGCUUCAAUUAUUGCAGUGGCUUCUUUCUCUAUGGCAGACUGAUGCCUUUCAGUAGGUGAAAGAGUUCUAGAGAAGAAUGCAAUAGGUCUUCCCUCCUGAUUUAAAGUGGCAGCUACUGCGAUGUCAGAAGCGUCAGUUUCCACAAUUAGAGGAUGGUCAUACUUUAUGGUGAAAAUUGCUGCUUUCUGCAAUUCUUCUUUCAAGUCUUCCAACGCUGUUUUUACUUCUGUAGGUACAGGAAAAAUUUGAUUUUUCAUUAUAGGAUACAUUUUGUCGGAGAAAUUUGGUAUCCAGUGAGCAUAAUAUGCCAAAAGUCCUACAAUCCUUUUCUGAGACUUCAGAUCUUUUGGAGGUGGCAAAUCUCGCAGAGCUUGAAAUCUAUCAGGGUCCGGCUUUAAAUGCCCUUUGGAUAUUUCAUAUCCAAGAAGCUUUACCUUCUUAGUAGCAAAUACACUUUUACUUUCGUUGAAAGUUAUUCCGUAUUCCAGAGCUACCUUCUGAAAAUGCAACAGAUUUUUGUUAUGGGAGUCUACAUCUGUACCACAUAUUGUUACAUUGUCGACAUAGGCAAACGUGUCAGACAACUUUUCUUUUGCUAUAAUAGUGUCUAUGGUUUUCUGGAAGCAAGCUACACCGUUAGUGACCCCAAAGGGUAUUCUGCAAAACUGGUAGAGUUUACCACAAGCUUCGAAGGCUGUGUAUUUUUUUUCGCUCUGUUGGAUAGGUAUUUGGUGAUAAGCACUCUCCAGAUCCAAUGUGCUAAAGAUUUCAUACCUGGAAAUUUUCUCCACCAUUUCAUCCACUCUAGGCAUGGGGUAAGCGUCCAGGUAAGUAAAUCUAUUUAUAGUUUGGCUAUAAUCAACGACCAUUCGCUUUUUGUGCCGCUCAUUGGUCGUGACAAGGACUUGAGCUCUCCAAGGUGAUUUGGAAGGUUCAAUGAUACCGUUUCGUAUCAAUUUCUCAACUUCAGCUUUAAUAAAUUGUGUGUCUUGGAAGGAGUAACGACGAGAUUUAGUAGCUAUAGGUCUGCAAUCAGGGGAUAAAUUUGCAAACAAUUGUGGUGCCUCUACCUUAACAGCAUUGAGCGAGCAGACAUGAAAUGCAGGUCGACCACCGUUGAAUGGAAUUAUCAGUUCUUUGUGUAAUGCAAGGAAAUCUAACCCAAGCACUACAUCAGUGCAAAGUUCAUCUAGUAACGAAAGUUUGAAUUGAUUGUAAACUUCCCCUUUGUAUUUUAGCGAUGCAAACGUGUGGCCUCUUGUGACGCUUGACAGUUGAGAUGACGCCAUAGAAAUUUUGUGCUUUGAACGUGUCACUGACCAAUCGUACUCUCUUGGUAUGUUUGAAGAAAUGUAGCUUUCCCCGCUACCUGUAUCAAUUAGGGCUUUUAGGUUCACGCCAUUUACAGAGAUGUGUACUGUUGAUUUAGUUAAACCAGGUACAGACGAAGUAGCAAUUAGUGAUGUUAGAUGUGUAGAGUCCUUAAUGCAGCUACAAUCUUUACAAGAUUGUCUUUUAAUCUCGUGGCUAGGAGAUGUUUUGACUUUUGUUUUGGUUAUAGGAGUGUUGUGAGACCUGCAAACCUUCGAUAAAUGUCCAUUUUUCCCGCACGAAUGACACAUGCAGUCUUUGGCAGGGCAUUUCGCUCUGAGAUGCCGACUACCUCCGCAAAAGAAACAUUUAGUAUUCACUGUUGCGAUUGUUUCUGAGUCCACCAUUUCUUCGGUUGAGAUUGCCAAUGACGAAAGGGAUGACUCUACCAAUUGAGACGGAGUACUAAACGAACUGGAUUCUUUUUGGGCCAUGUCGAGAGUCUUGGCAAUAUCUAAAGCCAUUUUCAAGUCAAGGGAUCUUUUCUCAAGUAGCCUCUGUCUAAUUACACUCGAACGCAUGCCGCUAACAAAGGCAUCGCGAAUGGCGUCCUCUUCAUUUUUGUCAGCACUGACAGCUCGGAACUGACAAUCUCUGGCCAUCACUCUCAGCUUGUGUACAAAUUGAUCAAGACUUUGAUCGACUUCUUGUUUGCAAGUUGCAAGCAAAUGUCUGGCCAAUGUUUCAUUAGGGGCCUUCACAAAUAAAUUCUCAAGAAUAGAUUUUGCUUCUGAGUAUUUAGAACAGGUAGAAAUGUACUGAUAUAAGGAUGGAGACACAAAGUUGCAUAGCAGGUCAAACUGUUCGCUUUCACUAGCCCCUACCUUCGUUGCGAAUCUGUCAAAACAAGAAAUCCAAUGUUUCCAUGUAACUGAAGCAUUAGUUGAACUAGGAUCAGCAUCCAGUCUAUUGGGACGCAAAAACUUGUCCAUUUAAGAAUGGUUUUAUUGAAAUAAAUUGUAAUAUACUAAGUCAAUUCAUAACCUUAGAAACAAGGCUUUAUUUCAAUAAAACACGACUGAUACACACAAUAACACAGUACAGACUGGUCACGAUUCACAGACUACGAUAAUGCGAACACGAUUACAAAUACUAGCACGAUUACAAGCACGGGUAACACACAAGUUCAUUUAACGAUCACUCCAGUAGGCUUUAUAAAUGUGUGAAAAAAACAAACGUUUAGGCCUAUCGUUAUUUAAAAUGUGUCUCUUCUAUCAAAUCAUUUUAUAAUGACAUGGUAAAGCCAAGAACUAAUCAACCUAUAACCACGUUUUUGAAAUAGGAUCCACAUAGAAAAUCAACUAUUAAGUGCCACAAAAUGAAUAAAAUGAGGAACUGAAAUUGACUCGACCUGUGUUAUCACUCAUCGAGAGCAAAGUUUUUAAUAUCAAGGAAUCGUUCUGGGGGACGUCUUGAACUUCACGCUUCAGAUUUAACCUGACCGAUAAAAGUGGAGGAAUUGGGUUCAUCGAAUGUCACAGCAACCCUGCGGUGAACGUCAAGGGACAGAGGAUGACGUCUUCAUAGUCCGAACCUAUAGACCUAUCAUUAGAAUUGUAUCAAGUGGAUUUAUACAUUCGGUUAGCCAGAUUUUUUGGUGGGAUGGGGGGGGGGCAAUAAGAUCGGUAUCAAAAAUGUUACUAUUUUUAAAUCUAGCGUUCAUUACUAAGAGGAAAAAAAAUCGCACUUCCAAAGAUUGGUCAGCUUUAUAAUAAAGGAAUUACCUUUUCGUUUAUUAUUUACACUUUUAAUUAUAAUUUUUCUAUUGUUACGAUACCUCUAGUCAAGUCAUAACUUCAUUGAGGGCGAAACCUGGAUACUGAUCUUAAAAACGGCUCUAACGAAUUUUCUACACAUUUUAACACUUGAUGUAUAUCACUUAAAAAAUAAUGACUAGCUCGUUGGACAUAAGGGGAAAACGUUAGUUUGACCGUCAUAAUCUUCAAAGUAAUAAUAAUAAAUGUAGAUUUGGCUCAAGAACUAGACUUAGAUCUAGAGCUAACAUCGGUUUUGAAAGGACUACCGCGAUUGGGAAUUUUUGUAGGCCUAUCAUUGGAAUUAUUCAAUGAAAAAAAACUUGUAAUCAGAAGUAGUUUACCGAUAACUGAGUAAUUUACUACAUUUAAAAUUGCUUUAAGUUUAUUGUUUAAAGUAAAUCGUAUACAAAUUACAUCUAGGUUUAAGAUCAAGAAGUAGAUCUAGGUCUAAACUAGAUCUUAAGAGUUCUAAAUGAGAAAUGAACAAUUAAAAACUUCAAUUUUCCUUCUAGAACAUACGCCAAUAUUCCAUGACAUUCACAAAGCACGGUAAAAUAGCAAGUGGUUUAAAAACAAAAGAGGCGGUGCUAAACAUAAUUAUUAAAAGUUCUAAUAAAUGUACAAUGACGGUGAACACUCGAAAACGAUGGCUCCUGUCAAUGGUUUAGAUCAAGUGUCAGCAAAACAAUUUUGGUGGCAUCGAUACAAUUAUGUGCAGCUGUUCAUCUGUCAUGACUGCAGCUAAUUAUUUGUUCUGCUAAUGUUAUAGUCUGGGAGUUAAUGACCUGACAAAUGAGGGACUCAUUACAUAUAUAUAUACCUCCUCCUUGGUCCUCGAAGAUGAGCACAUCUCUCAUUCCCAAUGAAUUAGAAAAUGACUGUAACGUCCAAUCCUCGCAUGGGUAAGUUGCGUCUACUUCAGAUAGACCCGCUUCUCAUUACAACAGAUACACAAAAAGGCCCAAGCAGGAAUCUCUCUUUAGUUUUAUCUCAUGGAACUUUUUAAAAAUAAAACAUUUGUAAGUUUUAUAGAAGAAUCGAUUUCAUGCUUUGAUUUAUUUCUAUACAAAUAUUGCAUUAUGGUAUGUAUCAAUAAAUCAAUGUAUUUGUCAUUUCUUGAA